AUGCAGGUUCGGGCGUGGCACAACGUGCCCAAGGCUGAGCAGCGGCUUCGGUUCUGGACCGAGCCUGAGGUGGAGGUGGACCUGGCGGCGCAAGCAGGCGUGGAGGCCUUCCGCAUGGGCGUUGACUGGGGGAGGAUUGUUCUGCGCGAGCCACAGGGAGGCAAGAUGGAGGUAAGGGGGGUGGAGGUGAGGGGUUGGAUGGAGCUCGACCAAGCAGCAGUGGCGCGCUACAAGGAGAUCGUGGCGCUGUGUCUCCCCUUCCCGCUUGUCUUCAACUCCACGCCACAACAGAUCGUCCAAGCAGGAGUGGCGCGCUACAAGAACAUCAUGGCGCUGAUCGACCACACAGCAGCGGCGCGCUACAAGAAAAUCGACCACGCGGCAGUGGCGCGCUACAAGGAGAUCAUGGCGCUGGUGCGGGCGAGGGGCAUGCGCGUGAUGCUGACGCUCUUCCACCACUCGCUGCCCUCCUGGGCCGAGCCCAUUGGCGGCUGGACUAAUGCAUCUCUCAUUAACCACUUUGACUCCUGGACCCUGCUGGCAGUGCGCGAGUUUGGCCCCCUUGUGGACUACUGGGUGACGUUCAACGAGCCGCACCUGUUUGUCAUUCUCACCUACUGCAUGGGCGUGUGGCCGCCCGGCAAGGCCCCCUCGCUGCUGCAAUCGGCACUCUGCAUGUCGCCCGUGGGGCAGUACAGCCAAGCCAUGCAACACAUCGGGGAGGCUCACAUUGCAGCCUUCAAGACCAUCAAGAAGGGGAGCACGGCACCAGUGGGAGUGGCGGCCAACACGGCGUUCAUGACACCAUACAGCGCUCUGGACGUGGUGGUGCCACUGUACAUCGACUGGAUGACACUCUUCCCCUGGGUCGACCACAUCCAGCACCACCUUGACUUCUGCGGCCUCAACUACUACGGCCAGGAGUUCAUGUCAACAGCAGGCCUGCAGAGCGUAGAGGAGGAGGAGUUCUCCGAAGCAGGCAGGGCAGUCUACCCCGACGGCUUCUACCGCAUCCUCAUGGCUUUCCACCGCCGCUACUCGCCGCACCACCCCAAGCUGCGCUUCAUUGUCACUGAGAAUGGCUUUGCUGACACUGAGGACAACAUUCGCCGCCCGUAUCUGAUUGAGCACCUGCUGGCACUGAAUGCGGCUAUCAAGGAGGGCAUGCCCAUAGAUGCGUAUUUCCACUGGACCAUCAGCGACAACUGGGAGUGGGCGGACGGCUAUUGCCCCAAGUUUGGCCUGGCAGGCGUUGACAGGGCGUCCCCAAACCUCACGCGCGUGCUGCGCCCCUCCUACGGGCUCUUCAAGGAGAUCGUGGAGUCACGGCGUGUGACGGUGCAGCAGCGGGAGGAGGAGUGGGGGCAGCUGCAGCAGCGGGCGCAGCGGGGCGAGCAGCGCUCCUACUGCCGCGCUGUUGAGCCCUCUGGUCGCAUGGGCGCUGGUGAGCGUGGGGGGGGUGCAUGCAUGUUGGUGUUUGGAUGUAUGGUGGGGCGCGUCGUGAGAUGGAUGGUGGCAUGGUGGCAUGUGUUGUGGGAUGGUGGCAUGGUGGCAAGUGUUGUGGCAUGCAUGUUGGUGAAUGGACAAGAACCCUGUGGCAGCAUGGCUGCUGGUGAGCGCUGUGGUGGUGGUGCGGCAUGUCUGAUUUCUCCCCUCCCUCACCUCUCAUCUACUACUCUCUCUCUCCCCCUUGACUUUUGGGUCAACUCCCUUGACUCAAUCACAACACGGGUGAUAGCCACCAAAGAUGGCGAGUACAGACGCCCCAAGGCCGUCUCAGUCGACCAAAGAUUCAUCCUCUUCCUCUCACCCGCUCAUCUACUACCAUCUGCUUCCCUCCCUCCCCCCCCCGCUCCUCCAGACUCCCUUGACUCACCCACAACGCGAGUCGUUGCCACAAAGGACUGGCGCUAUGGCGAGUACAGGCGCCCCAAGGCCGCUGUGAUGGUGAAACGUACGGCAAGGAUUUUCCGCAUCUGGCUGGAGGACCUGCUGCUUGCCGCCCAGCAGGCUGCAGAUGCUGCCAACUCCCUCCUGUGCCGCCUCAUGCACGGCCCUCACCACCAGCAGCACCAGCACCACCAGCACCAGCAGCAGCAGCAGCAUCAGCACCAGAAGAACCAGCAGCAGCAACAGCAGCAGCAGGCUGUGGAGCAGCAGCAUGCAUGGGAGGAGGUGGAAGCAGACAUUGAGAUACCACCGGUAGUUGCUGCUGCUGCUGCUGCUGCUGCUGGUGCUGGUGUGGGUGCUGCUUCAGCAGACAAGGAUGAGCUGUAG